AUGCGUCAAUUGGCAAUUUCUUUAAUAAAUUCUGAAAAUGUUAAACCAGAAAUUGAAGUUGAGCAAAUUGAAAAAGAUUUACAAGAAGGUUUUGUGCAUGCUUUAGUUAUUGAAAUUAAAGAAGAAAAAAAGAUAAUUGGUUAUCUUUCAUAUACAAUUUCUUCCUCAUUAAAUGGAGGAAAGGUUGUCUAUUUGGGUGAUUUAAUUUGUCAAAUUAAAUAUAAAGAACUUCCAGUAAGAUUGUAUGCUGAACUUGCAAAGUUGGCCUCCAAAAGUGAAGAAAUCAAGGAAAUUCAAGCUAUAGCCAAUAGCAAGUCUGUUGGGUAUUUUCUCUUUCCAGGAAUGGAUAUUGUGCCAAAAGAAACUUUUUGGCAAUUACAAUUAAAUGAUAAUGAAGUAGAGAAAAUAUUGAAAAAUGGAGUGAAUGUACUUUGUGGAACUUUGAAAUCAACCAUUUAUUUGCCUGGUAAAUUGAGUGGAGAUGAAGCAAUUUAUCUUAUUAAACAAUGGAAAGAAAUGAACGGGGAAGAUGAAUCAACGUCAAAUUUAACGAAUUUACUAAGAACUGGUCAAGUAGGAGCAGUAACUGUCCAUUUAGAUGCUCGUCCAUCAGUUGUCAGCAUGCUUUUCUUUCAUGGAAAUUAUUAUUCUUUUUGGGAUGGACAAAGUAUUUGGGUAGAUAAAAUGUCUUUUUCCCCCUUACAUUUUGAUUGCCAUAUUCCAAAUGCAAUUUCUGCAAUGUUUGGAAAAUUGGUUGAGCUUUCAAAUGCAAUAGGAGCAAAAAGAAUUGGUUGGAUUUUUAAUGAAGAAACAAAAAAGAAUUUUUAUGAAAUUAUGGAAAAUAUUGGAGCUAUAAAUAUGACAAAACAAGAGGAUUGGCAUAUUUAUCGAAGCAACAAAUCAGAAUUUUCUGAAUAUUUGACAACUACUGGGGAUAAUUAUAUGAAGUUAGAUGAGACACAUAAACAACGAGCAAAUGAUUUGUUAAAGAAACAAAAAGCUCGAGAAAUGAAAAAACUUCAAGAAGAAUGAAAGGAGGGAAAGAAGUUUUCUAAAUUUAAAAAAACAAAAGUGCGCGCAUGUUUUGAUUGGCAAUUUUUUAAAAAAUUAUUGGCGCACAUCUUUGAUACUUUCUCUAUUUUAGUCAUUUUUUCUUUGGAUAUCUGUAUCCCAAUCUGAAUUUUCAGGAUAUCC